GCGCCGCUUUCCAUCGCUCCGUCUGUUUUUGCACCAUGCCUCUAUCGAACCGCCGCCGCGCGCGGCGCAAGGAGAUUCAGUUACAAGAGACAUCCGACGCAGAGGCCCCGGAUUCAUCGCCGACGCGACCGUCAAAUAAGAAGCGCAAGGUCGAACAUUCUCGAGUAUCCCCACAAACGCGCCCGAUCAAGCCCGAGUCCGCCGACGAAGCCGACGAUGACCAGGACCUGUCGGAGAAUCAAGACCUCGUUGACCUGGUAAUCUCAUACCUCGAGGCUGCACGCGAAGAGGUUCGAGUCCUUCGCGACUAUUCCAAUACGAAGACGGAGGCAGAGCAGAGCAUUCGCGCCUACGCCAAAAUUGCCGGUCGCAAUUGGACUUACUAUGUAAAGACCCUCCAUGUCAACAUCGGUCGCGAACCCGACCGCGAGCAGAAGCUAGAUGAGCAGUCGAGUCCGGUCACGAUUGCUGCGCGCGCUCUUCCGGAGGUGAAUGUCGAUCUCGGCCCCAGCAAGUUCGUCUCGCGCUUGCACGCGGAGAUUUUCUAUGAUGGUGAGGACACGGGCUCAUGGCACAUCCGUGUCAACGGUCGCAACGGGGUGCGCCUCAACAGCGUCAUCCUCAAGCGCGGAACCGACGCCGUUCUCUCUUGCGGCGAUAUUAUCGAGAUCGCCAACACCCAGAUGAUGUUCGUCACCCCGGGCGACAAGGCGACCAUCCACCCCAGCUUCGUUGAUCGAGCGCAGCGACUGGCGAACGGCGAGGAAGAGCCUGCUGCCUGGGACGCCAGUCAACACGCCCAUCCUCAUGCAUCUCACUCAUCGACCAACACCGCUGGGACGACCGCACCCGCUCCGCCAUCAUUGGCACCCGCACCGCAAUUCCUCAAGCGCCAAGUGACCCCUCCUCCACGGUCGCCCGACACAGUGGGGGCCCGUACUGCCAAGCAGUCCCCUUUGUAUAACCGCGGUAUGAUGAUGGAGAGUACGGAAGAGAUUGAUUAUAGCAAAGACUCGGCCAAGGACCUCAAGCCGCCGUACAGCUACGCGAAUCUGAUCGCCCAGGCCAUCUUCUCCAGUGAGGAGGAGAAGCUUACGCUUAACAAUAUCUACAACUGGAUCAUGGACAAGUACGCUUUCUAUCGGCAUUCUCAGAGCGGUUGGCAGAACUCGAUCCGUCAUAAUCUAUCGCUGAACAAGGCAUUCCAGAAGGUGCCGCGACGCACAGACGAGCCGGGCAAGGGAAUGAAGUGGCAGAUUGCACCCGAGCACCGCGAGGAGUAUUGGAAGAAGCAGCUGCGGAAGGGCACGCAAUCGUCGGCUCCAUCAUCACCUGCAACCAAAGUACCCGAUCGCCGGGGCUCCACCAACGGCAUGGAGGCCGUAUUCAACAGCAAAAAGUCUCCACCAGUAUCGUCCCCCGGUUUCAGUUCAUUCCCAGUGGCCCCAGUCGAGGCGUACACUCCCGAACGAGGAUCUCGUGCCAGCCGCAAUGGAGCAGCGGAGCACAAUUUACGCCCACCCAACACACGUGACUAUGAAGAGCCUUCGCCGCUCCCGACCCGGUCGGCGACGAAGAACGCGGGUAGCAAUGGGGCCAGUCUCAGUCGAACAUAUGGGUUGUCGGACGCGGCCGUGGGAUCACCUCCAGUACUGUCAUCGUCGUACUAUGAUGACGGUCCAUCGUCAAUGAUUACACCCGCCCCACAGCGGCAACAGCCGCGCCUGCCCCCUCCGAGCACGGCGCAAAUACCAUCCAAGUUCAUGCCAAUGAGCUCACCGGCGCAGUUCUGGAAGUUUGCGGAUAUUGGCAGCACGCCGGCGCGACCGGUACCUGACAUGAGUCCGCUCAAGGGAGACCCCGGGGAUGUCCUAGGCAGUAUCCCGAGCAGCAGUCCGCCACCUCCCAAUCUUGCAAGUCCUAGUAAACCAGGAACAACAGGUAUGGCUACCGGUCGUGUGUUGCCGCCACCACGGCGAGAGCCUGAGCCACAGGGUGGUCGUCGUCCUGCCCCUGGAGCGGAAGAAGAGGAGGAGGACGAGAGCGGGUUUGACUUGGCGAGAGGCUUCCAAACGAUCGGAUCAUAUCAUCGCCAGCUGAGCAAUGCGGCGCGUACAAGUGCAGCGACGUCGUGAGGAGGAAUGGCUUGUUUGAUUCGCUUUUGUUAUUCAUUUGCCAGAAAGGCAUCUAAGACGAAGAUCAGGAGGGAUUAUGGGACCAUGGCUGUAUGUAUUGAUGUAAUUGUAGAUAUUGCUAAUGAUUUGAUGUCGUCCUUUUUGUGUCUUGUUAGCCACUAAGGUUGUAUACUGUACAUGUAUAUAUAC